AUGGAAUGUUUGGUUCUCGUUCACGACGCGUCCUUCAGCUUUGUCGUCGAUCUAGCUGCCAGCAUUACAGGGUACCGCGUCCAGGCCAGUGACAUCGCAAAACAUGAGGAGAAAGGCCCAUUCAUCUUUGCUGUCCAGCGAGAAAGGGUUGUACAAUCAGGUGAAAGGUCUCCUCGACUGCAGGGGCUUUGGCCAACCUCUCUCGUCAUCAAUGUGGCGUCCCUCGACUCGGUCAUAAGGACAGAACCCAAUCUCCAUCUGGAAUAUCAUCAUGAAUAUCUCUUCUGGCCCACAAAGUUCUCGUGCAAGGGCUUUUCCAGAUUUCUUACCCUGGUCACAGGCCAAAGCGAUCCUCUGGCACAAAUCAAAAGCAAGCAGCGCUCAGCAUAUAUCGGUCUCACUUACCCCGACAUCCGUGUUUCUUUGUCCAACAUGCCCAUUGUUUCGGUUGGUGCAGACGCACUGGAACUCCGAGUAGAUCUGUUGAGGGAAGAAGAUCAGCUGGGUGAUAUCCCAACCCUUGGAUACGUCGCUGAGCAGCUCGUGGCUCUUCGAUUGCAGUCGGAGUUGCCCAUCAUCUUUACAAUUAGACUUGAACCAUCAGGAGGCCGUUGGCCCCUAGAGCAAAAGGAUCUGGCAAUCAAGUAUCUGCGAUAUGGGUUGCUGUGGGGUGUUGACUUUAUCGAUGUUGAGGACUUGCUUGAUAACGACCUCAGAAACUUGUUGGUUUCCCAGAAAGGCCAUACUAAGGUUAUUGCAUCUCAUCACGACUUCUCCGGCAGCCUUGACUGGUCGUCCUCAGACACCGACCAAGUAUACAACACUUGCGCAAGUUAUGGUGAUAUGGUCCUCAUGGCCGGAAUUUCCACUAACCUUAGUGAUGCUUCCAAGAUUCGUCAGUUCCGAGACAGGAUGAACAGCCUUGAUGGCAACAAACCUCUAGCUGCUUUCAAUACGGGAACAUCUGGAAAACUUUCUAGAAUUUUGAAUCCUUUCUUGCAAGCUACUACCCAUCAUCUACUUCCGAGCUCGAGUGCGCGAGAUCAGCUUUCACUUGUAGAGUCAAAUGGUGUUCUUUCAGUGCUUGGCGAGCUCUCUCCAACGACCGCAUACUUCUCCCAGGGGCAACACCCGGAUGCUUCCUUGAUGGACAAAUGCUUCAAAGAGUUAAACCUCCCUCAUCGAGUGGCUGUCACGGGCCAGAAACCGGACACAUUGAUACAGAGCCUCUUGAAGGAACCAGAUACUGCUAGUGUAGUAUUCGGCCAGUUUUCUGACUUCUCGCAUCUGGCUACUCAGGGUUUUGACCUCACAGAUAGUGGCCUGGUGGAUACGGUGGUUGUCGGAGAUGGCCAAAUGAUUGGCCAUAACUGCCAGGCAAAUGGUCUGAACGCUGUUCUACUUCAAGAGAAUACUCCUUCGGCAUUUGCAGACCGAGAAUUUCUCGUUAUGAGCAAUUCAUGGGACGAGGCGAGAACCGUCAUCUCAGUCCUGUUGUCUUUGAAUUGCGGCAAAGUUUGGACGCUCGGAUUCGCUGCCCCAAACAUCAGCGACAAGUUAUCGUCACUAAACAUCAAGGUUCUAAGUAAUUCCUUCAACCCUGCAGGAGUCUUUUGCAUGUCACCAAGCCAUGACAGGACCAUUCUUGCUGCACUGGUUACAAUGAUAGCCGGGAGGCAGAAUAAAAGAAGGGUCAUCUACUUGGAUACGUGGGGCUCUCCCAAAGAUCCAGGCAUGACUGCAGCAAAGGCCUCGGGGUGGCGCAUCAUUACGCAGGAGCAUAUAUCCGCAGCUGUUUUGGUGGAAAUGAUGAGAGUGUCGGUGGAUCAAUCUGUGCCAUAUAGCUUCGUUCAAAUGGUUAAGAGACAGCAACUAUCAUGA